AUGAUGGAAAGAAUAAGAAAAGAGAUGAUUCUGAUGGAGAGAGGGCUGCACAGCCCCACGGCCGCCGGCAAGAGGUUCUCCAAUCUGUCCGACUCGGCUGGCAAUGCUGUCCUCGAGGCCCUGGAAAAUUCGCAGCACCCGGCUCGCCUCAGCCCGCGCCUGCCGUCCGCCCCCCUGCACAGCUCGCUGGGAGACCUCCCCGCCAAGGGCAAAUUCGAAAUAGACUCUCUGUUCAACCUGCAGCACCCGGGCGGCGAAAGCACCGUCUCCUCCGAAAUCGCCUCGGCCGCGGAGGGCCGCAAAAAGCCGGGCCCCUAUUCCGAGGCGGCCGGCGAGGACAUGAGCAGCGACGUGGAGGUGGGCUGCUCCGCGCCGCUCAAGGAAAACAAUGGCAAAGGGUACGCCGAGGGCGGCUCCGCCGCGGGCACCACGGCGCCUUCGUCGGGCUCCGGCCUGGGCAGCCUGCAUGGAGGCGGCGGCGGCGGCGGCGGGGGCGCGGCGCUGGGCGGCUCGGGCGCCGGUGCCGAUCAGGUGCGGCGCUACCGCACGGCGUUCACCCGCGAGCAGAUCGCGCGCCUGGAGAAGGAGUUCUACCGGGAGAACUACGUGUCGCGGCCCCGCCGGUGCGAGCUGGCCGCCGCGCUCAACCUGCCCGAAACCACCAUCAAGGUGUGGUUCCAGAACCGGCGCAUGAAGGACAAGCGGCAGCGCCUGGCCAUGUCGUGGCCGCACCCCGCCGACCCCAGCUUCUACACCUACAUGAUGACGCACGCGGCCGCCACCGGAAGCCUGCCCUACCCCUUCCACUCGCACGUGCCGCUGCACUACUACCCGCACGUGGGCGUCACGGCCGCCGCCGCCGCCGCCGCGGCCUCGGGAGCCGCGGCCGCCGCCUCGUCGCCCUUCGCCACCUCCAUCCGCCCGCUGGACACCUUCCGCGCCCUCUCGCACCCCUACUCGCGGCCCGAGCUGCUGUGCAGCUUCCGCCACCCGGGCCUCUACCAGGCGCCCGCGGCCGCCGCGGGGCUCAACAGCGCGGCCUCGGCCGCCGCCGCCGCGGCCGCCGCGGCCGCCGCAGCUUCCUCGGCCGCGGCGGCGGGGGCGCCCCCCAGCGGCGGCUCCGCGCCCUGCUCGUGCCUCAGUUGCCACAGCAGCCAGUCCGCCGCGGCCGCCGCCGCCGCCGCCGCCGCGGCCCUGGGCUCCCGGGGGGCCGGCGGCGGGGCCGGCGGGGCCGGCGGGGCCGGCGCGGGGGCCGCGGGGGGCUCGGACUUCGGCUGCAGCGCCGCGGCGCCGCGCUCCGAGAGCGGCUUCCUGCCCUACUCGGCCGCGGUGCUCAGCAAGACGGCCGUGAGCCCGCCGGACCAGAGGGACGAGGCGCCGCUCACCAGAUAA